AUGGCGUAUUUCGGGUUACAACUGCACCCGGAUGUGGCGACUGGUAUUCCUCCAUUGCAGAUGACCGGUAUUACAUUCCUCUUUACUUUCCACUGCAUAGCUUUUGCCUUGAAAAACCCAGUGUGCAGUGCAAGCGCCGUAGAGGAGAAGCUACGAAACAAUAUUAUGAAAGACUAUAACAAGAAAGCUCGCCCUGUGAUCAAGGAAACAGAUGUGGUUCACAUUUUCAUAGACAUCGCACUGCUGCAGUUGAUGAAAGUGGAUGAAAAAAGCGAAGUCAUUACCACGAACGUAUGGGUGAGGCAGUACUGGAAUGAUCCAAGAUUUUCCUGGAACAAGGCGGAAUAUGAAAACAUUACACAGAUCAUCAUCAACCCUGAAAAAGCUUGGCUACCAGAUGUUGUGCUAUUAAACAGCGCCGAAGCGAUGUCAGACGGGCGUAGUACCGCGGCUCGCCUAGUCGUGAAGCACGAUGGGAAUGUAUCUUGGUUGAACCCAGUGAUUAUCACGAGUUCUUGUGUAAUUGACAUCACCUUCUUCCCAUUGGAUGACCAAAGUUGUGAGCUCAGAUUCGGUUCGUGGUCGUACAGCAGUGAAUUCUUAGAUGUUCAUCCGAGGAGAGAUAGCGCGGAUCUAAGUUCGUACGUCGAGAAUGGUGAAUGGACUUUACUCGGGGUUAAAUCAGAACGCAGACUGUUAACUUAUGAUUGUCGUGAAGAAGAGUUCCCGUAUGUGACGUACCAUGUGCAAAUACGCAGACGUACUCUGUUUUACAUGAUGAACUAUAUUUUGCCAUGCGUCCUGAUUGCAGUCCUAACCCUGCUCGUCUUCCUACUGCCGCCCGAAUCUGGAGAGAGAAUGUCUUUUGGAGUCACGGUGUUACUAUCGUUUACUAUUCUGCUGUUGAUGCUAAUGGCAAAGCUUCCUGCCACCUCCAAAGACACCCCACUAAUUGCUGUUUACUAUGCCUACACUUUCAUCGAAGUGUCAGCGGCAAUGGGAAUGGCCUGCCUCAUGCUUCGUUUUUACCAUCCUGACAAUUCCUCGGCCCCAAUUCCCGCCUGGAUCAGGGUCUGUGUCCUUAACUACUGCGCACGCCUGGUGCGUUUAAGCACAUCCGCUGGACGUGUCCGACAAGUGCAGAUCGUCCAGGAGUGGCGUCAAGUAAAGCUACGUGAAAACAGGGGCAAAGAGCAAACGAACAUGACAAUUUUGACAGACAACAUCCUCAGGAAAGAAGAAGCAGACACCAUGAGAGAGGAAUGGAGGAUGGCAGCCAUGAUUAUUAAUCGCCUCUUUGCUUGGAUCUACCUCAUCACCAUCAUCAUAACAUUGGCAGCCGUGCUGCUAAAGUCACCACGAUUUAGGAAAGGGGAAUUUUAACUUAGUUAAACAACCUCUCUCACGACAAGUCCUUACUUACCGAAGAUACUUAAAAUCUCGUUAAAUAACUUUUGAAAGUAUGACAAAAUGAAAAAAUUGUAAGCAAUUUAGCCGUAUGAUAAUUUUGACUUUUAAACAUAUCAGGGAUUCUAAGGUAAUACUUAACCCCUUGAACUACACGACGAAAAUAUAUCUUUAAUUGCAGAGAACUUUAUUCUCAAUUCAAAAAGCAACAUAUAGAAUUAAAGCAGUACAAGUAACCAAUUUUUCCAGACCAGUAAGGAGCUGGUGAAAUGCGAGUAUACCUUCAUUGUGGAUUUACUGAAAAACAUUGACACUUAGCAUUCAUCGCUUUGAAGAUAGUUGCUCUUGAAUGUUAAAAUGUACUUUUAGAAUAUACUUUUAUGGUUGAUUACAAACAGAAAAAUACAUUGAUUUUCCAUUCGUUUACAAAUAACAUUAUGACUGCAAAGAUUUUGGAUUGUUUUGUCAGUUUUAUUUCCUAAUUGUUUGCUUGUUUGUCUCUUCAUCUCUAAAGAAAGGAAAAAUAGAUUGCUAGGAUUGUCAUAAGCUGAUUAUGUUCUGAUGAGCUGACGCACGUAAUAAUGAUAUGAGAGGAAGUGCACGAAGUACAUCUUAGUACAUCUUAGGAAGUCACGUUCCUCACUUUUACUGACCCCUUGGCUUUCAUUCAAAAGCAAAGACGAAAGCCUCAAUGAAAAUCCUGGCAUGGGA